GAGGGUCUCCAAUGUGAUGGGUGUCAAAAGUGGAACCACAGAACCUGCAAUACUGGUUUGUAAUUGUUACCACCUGUUUAUCUAUGUGUAUGGACUAACUAAUUUGUUAAUACUUUACUUCAGUUCUUAGGCCAUCAUAGUUUGAUCAAAAAUAAGAGACAAACAUGUUGAACUUGCACAUAUUUCAUUGGUAAUUCAUUCCAUUAGCCAAUGGAUAUGUUACUCUUCAUACAUUUUCAAAAGUAAAGGUUGAAAUAUAAGAAAAGCUAUUUAAUAUAAUAGUAGUAAAGCAUCAGCAAAAUAUUAUUAUUACCAUUAACCAUUAAUAGGAAUAUCAAGACAAGCAUACCGUGCUGCUGUUCAGACCGGAACAGAAAUAGAGUGGCAUUGUGAUUCCUGUGCUGUAGAGUGGAGUAGCUUACUUGGAGAGCCUGCUGCUGCAAGCUCUAGAUUAGAAAACAUUGAUUUAUGGGAAUCGCAUCUUGAACAGGGUAGCACUGUUGGUAAGUAAAAUCUUAUUUCAAAUACAUGUAUUGCGGGCAAACCAAGACAAAAAAUUUUGAAAGGAAUAUAAAAUGGUAGAAAUAUUUGUUUUUGUUCUAAUUCAACUACUCAGCUACAGUUCAUACAUGUCAAUUCAAGUUUGUUCCAUUUGUGCAAUAUAACAGUUCAGAUUUUCUGGUUUAGAUGAGACCAAAUAGAAACAACCAAAAACAUGAUUCACAUCAUUAUUAUCUGAAACAAGUUGAAAGAACAGUUAUUGACCUCUGUGUGUUACUUUAAUUUUUUUUAAGACUUGAUCCACCCACCAACAAUUGAGAUAUCAUGGGGAUCCCAUCAAUCCGAGGGCAGCACUGUUGGUAGGUAAAAUUUUAUUUCAUAUUCAUGUCUUGCAGGUCAUGAUUCUCUCAUACCGACAGACUAAGCUCGGUUAAUAAGAUGUUUAUAUGGCAAGCAAGAGAAAUUUAAUCCAAAUACUAUUAGAAGAAAAUAUUAAUAGUCAAUGAUUUUACAUUUCAGUUUGCAACUUUUUCACUGCAAAACAUUACCGGUCUACAGGACUCAAAAUACUGUGCUCAACCUUACUUCUAGACGUUGCAACAUAGGCAUUUCAAUAUCGAUCUCAACCAAUCAAAUUCGUGAAUUAGGUAGUUCCCAGUUCUUGUGAGACACAGCCAAAAUUAUAACAUACUUCUUAUUUUGCCGUCACCACUCCGGUUCCUCCAGCUCCACUACCCACAGUGCUCAAGGAGGAUUCCAUGGAUGACCCCACUCCCAUGGACAUCGACCCGCAGCCAGCCCCAUCAGUGACCUAUGAGAUGGUGGGAGAGGGGUCCAAGAGAAGAUUCAAUAAGCUAAUUGAUAGUAUAGGUUACUCCUACACUUUCAAGGAAAAAACAAAAACGACCAACUACUGGCAGUGCUCCGUCAGACCUAAAGGAAAUCCGCGUAGAGCCACUGUGAAAGAGCAAGAUGGGUCAUUCAUCCCGGGACGCAACACCCACAGCCACCAGCCACAACCUGGAGCCCUACUUGCAGCAAAGAUUGUAACAUGUGUAAAGCAGAAAGCACUGGAUAAUGUUUUCAAACCAGCCACAGCUAUUGUUGAGGAAGUAAGUAUAUAAACCUUUAAGGGGGGGGGGGGAAGGAAGCAGGAAAAAAUGAUAAAAUUUAGAAUACACUCAAGAAAUUAAUGUUAUAGGAGAUUAAUUCAAUAUAUACUUCUCCAAGUUGUUUUCCCCAACUUCAAAUAUUUGUUGAAGUAGUUGAGCUUCUUCACAGGGAAGCUGGACUCGGUCUAAUCCAAACCCCUCUCGUCUCCCAAAAGAAACUCAAGCGUCAUCAGCGCAUGACAUAUCGGCGACUGCAAGGAAAGAUCAUCGGUGCGUGGGAAGAUUACUCGGAUUCCAAGAUAACUGCGAGACAGCUUCUUCAGACCUGCAGCUACAUUAAUGGACCGACUCGUAUGGAGUAG